AUGGCACCGCCAGGGGGCGUUCUCUGCAAUCGGCAGAUCGUCGACUCCCAUGCUUGGAGCGCUAAGAAGGUGUCCAAGUUCGAACUCCAAGAGCUGUGGUCCCAUGUUCUGAAGGAUCGCAAGGUUCUCGUGGUGAUCGGCAGUGCUUUGCAGGUCGACGCGCUAGAGCCAAUCUUGCAUCUGGCAGCCGGAGCCGCUGUCUACUUCGUCCGGGAUGCGGAGCUGGAGGACCUUUCAGGUCUACUCGAAACACUCCGGAGGCAUUCAGCCGACUUCAACACGGUGCUACUCGCCAUCGGGUCGCGGUCAUCUGCCCUUUUGUCCGCCGGUCUCGACUGCACCGUGCAGACUUUGGACGUCGGAGCCCUGCGAAUAUCGCCUGCCCCGAGGCAGCAACCCGUACCAUCGCCUCUCACGACAGCAAAUGCCGAUAGCCAGGCGGCAUGGGCUUCCUUUCCGAGGCCGCAUCUCAAACGAUCCGCGGACUGGCAGAGCUUGAAUGGCAAGUGGGCUGUGCACAUCAGCACCAGGGAUCAGGAGAUGCCGCCGGAAGACUUUGAGGACGGCUUCCUCGAGGUACCGUGGUCGCCGUCCGAAGGCACAUCGACGCUUUGCGAAAAGAGCAAGGUGCCUUUCCCUGCUGAGUCACAUAGGGGUGGGCUACAACGCCGAAUCUCCGAAUAUGAGUUGCUAUGGCUUCGGCGAGAGGUGUCUCUGCCCUCGGACUGGCGGAGGGUCCUGCUGCAUGUGGAUGCGUGCGACUGGGAGUGUGCCGUCUUCGCAGACGGAAGCCUGCUCGGCAUUCACCGAGGUGGCUAUGACCCUUUCAUGUUCGAGUUGGCUGUGCAUGGUGGAAAGGACACCGUCCAACUUACGAUUCGCGUGUGGGAUCCCACAGACAGCGGCUGCGAGUACGCUGUCGACGACGACCAGCCACCUCGAUGCGACCAGUGUUGUCAAACAGGCUGGCAGCCGCGUGGAAAACAGUCACUUCAGCCGGGCUUCAUCAUGUACUCUGCUGCUUCAGGCCCAUGGCAAAGCAUCUGGUUGGAGGAGGCUCCCGAAGGCUGCCUCAUUGCAUCUGCUGCAGCCGAGCUUUUGGAUGAGAAGCGCAUCAGAUUCGAGGUGGACCUUACCGAGCAGAGGUUUUGUGUGGGGAUCUUCUUGCAAGUGGCGGUCUUUCUCGAAGGGGCAAAGAUCGCGGAAGGAUCAGGCAGCACGGAAGCGGCCGAAGUCGUGGGCCCCGAACCUUGGGAACUCUGGAGCCCAACCAAGCCGACGCUACACAUGGCGAAGCUGUCUUUGUGCUCCUCGAUGCGGUCGACUUGCGGCGACUCGGUUGACUUCAAGUUUGCCCUGCGCAUGAUCUCAAGAACGGCAGAGCCGCACCAAGGACCGAAAGGGGAAGUUGCUCUGCUCCUGAACGGUGAAGCUUAUCUUCAAAGUCCUUUACCAGGCCUAUUGGCCGGAGUCUCUUAUCACCCCACCAAGCGAAGAGGCUAUUCUGCAGGACCUGCGUUCCAUCAAGAACAGUGGCUUCAACAUGGUGCGGGUUCAUGCAGCUGUCCUGCCUGCCAUGUUCUACCACUUCUGCGAUUUGGAGGGCCUUCUCGUUUGGCAGGCAAGGGGAGGUGGCACCCUUGCAGCUGGAUGAAAUCCAUCGGACGGACGAGUCGAGCGCCAACUUCUGGAAGGAGCUGCAGGCCUUCACUCGCUGGCUCCGUAGCUUCGGCUGCAUCGUCUGCUGGGUGCCCUUCAACGAGGCUUGGGGGCAGUUUCAGACGAUGCAGGUGGUUCGAUGGCUCCGCCGCUUUGGGGGAACGCGAUGGAUUGACAUGGCAAGCGGAUGGAACGACGUGGGUGACCUUUUCCCAGGAGAAGAUGCCGGAGAUCUGGUGGACGCGCACAAUUACGAGACCGCGCCGUACAACGGGCUGCGAAGUACUUUCCAGCUUUGGCCGCUGCCUUUGA